AUGGAGCACCCACGCCCGAUGCUCCCGUCACAGCGCUACUCCCCCUCGCCCGUCUACAGCUAUGAUAGCAGACGAUGCACGCCGACGGGGAGGCAACCGCUGAGGGAUUCAACUGGCAAUUCCCAGUCGGCUGGCUCCCACCUCGGUAGCCUGGCCUCCUCUUGCCGCAACAGCCCUCUUGGUCUCUUCUCACCUAGUUUGACUAGCAUACCCACGCCGCCCAUCGUGCCGUCCCAAGCUGGGCCUGGCUACAGGAGCAGCAACGGCCUACGAAGAUCAGAUGCCUUGCACAUGGCAAGACAGACACGUCUCAACAUCAACCCCAUCUACUACGCUCCCGAGUUUCGACCCUACCGGGACAAGCAGGACCAGAAGGAUCCCAACGAGAAACAAAUCUGGCCUCGUGUGCUGGAAGAUGCCUUCCUCGACUCCCUGCUCAUUAUCCCUCACAUGGGAAGGAAAAAGUACAGCAUGCAAGGAAAGCAGUUCGGACGUAACAUGCUCAUCAGCGAGUACCUUUGGAUUGCCUACUGCUGCAGCUUGCAGCCUGGACAGAAGGCUGAAGAGAGGAAGAGGAAGCAAGUAUCCAGCCAUAUCCAAGUGGUGAAAAAAAUGUUUGAGAAGCACCGCUGCUACCACUUCUUCUUCGUCAAGGACCCUGACAAAAGCGAGGCCCGUCUCAAGGACAACAUGGAGAUCGCCUCCUUCAAGGACAACCCGGUUCUGAUCGCCCUCGCUGAGGGUCGUCUUCCGGAUGUCCGCCCCAACUAUGAGUACUUCGCCCAGAUUCUAGCCAUGGACUCCCACGUCGUGAUGAGACCAAAGACGGCCUGGAUCUUCGUUGCCUCCAAUAACGUGAGGAUGGACGAGGAUGGCGAGGCGUACGACCACCAUGGCAAGCCCCUAGAUAAGAACUACUACCCCCACCUGGAGAAGAACAUGCACAAGGAAGACAUCACCUCGAGAGGUCUCAAUGGCAGUAUUCUCUUGCAUGAGUACAACAAGGAACUAUCACAAAAGGAGUCCGCCGCCGUCACCGAACUGGCUCAAGAAUGGGAGGCCAAGUUUCCGCCUCUGCACAAGUCGCUUGAGCACGCGAUCCACGACAACAAAUGGCUCGACAUCUUGGAGAUGACAGUCACGCUGGAAAUCCACCCCCGCAGCAACUUCCCUGCCGGCUCAGAGCUCAACGGCUUCGUUGAGUUGAGCAUCUCCCUGCCCGCGCUCCAGAACCACCGUUGGAAGUGCGUCACGAAGCUGGCGCGUCCGGAAGAGCUCCGUAGCGCCGAUAAUGACGCCUUCGUCGUUGAGCAAACGAGCGAGAUUGGCCUACAAUACAUCCACCGACCGGGAUGUCAGGAGGGCAAGUUUGAGUGUGACUGCCGCAGCCGUCCUAGGCAGGACGUCCGCGUACCCUUCCCCGCAGCCGAGUGGGCCAGCAUACUCAGCACAUGUGCUGUUUACCUCGAGCCCAUCGAGGACAAGUCCAAGGUGUAUGACAACGAUGAUGAAAGAGCCAAGGCCGCCGAAGACGCCGCGCUUGAAGCCGAGCGGACCACCGCCGAGUUGAUUCAGCAGGUCGGCAUGUUCCAGGAGCUGUGGUCUGCCCCGCCCGACAACUCGGACCGGCGUGUGUGGACGCGCCGCGGCAUCAUCCUCUGGAAGUUUCGCACGAUUCACGCUUUCGACGACAAGUGGAACCCCAUCUUUGAGAAGCUAGCACCACAAAAGGGCAGAAAACCUGCCGAAGAGGAUGGCGAGGAGCAUGGCGCAUCGUUGAGGCGUGAAGGUCGUUCAAAGCGGGUUUUCAAUCCCGCCGGUACUACCUGGCGGUUCCUCACGGCUCUGGAUCCCGUCUCCUCGGCCCACCAGCAGAACGUCUGCAUCAAUCCUGCGGCUGCCUCCGGCCGUGACAUGCUCAUGGCCCCGACACCUCCCUACUCCCAUCACCUCGCUGCUGUCAUGAACGACAACCUCGGCUCUGCUUGGGAGCCCGUCUCGAUGGCCGGCCAGCUGCCUAGCCUGGCAUCUACCGGGACACUCGGAAUGAUGGACAAUUUCUCUCAUGGCCUGGCGACGCCUCCACCAACGGCAUCAAUCCACUCGUCGUAUGCGAGCAGCUAUGACGGCAGCCACGAGCUGGCCAGCGGGUCUCAUCACCACCAUCAACUCGACUUCCUUGCCGCAGCUUGCACUAGCUCCAUGGACAGCCAGAACACUCUGGUCACUGACAUGGGCUCGGCUCCUGCCGACCCUUUCCUGUCGGCCACGGCGGGCAUCCAAGUUUCAAACGGUGUCGGCGUCGGCGUGUACGAUGAAGGGGAUGUUGAGGGAAUUUCCGAUUGGGAUACUGCGACGUCGUCCUUUCACAGCCUCAAUCACUGGAACGGCUGGAACGAGUCGUCCGAUGCAAAAACGCAGCAAUGGCAGAACGAGAACCAGCGCAGCGUGGCGGCCAAUGCCAGCCUUUGGAGCGAGGGCAAGGACCACCAGACGUGGAACCAGCCGCCGUGGGCCCAAGCCGUCUCGGCAGUCGCUGCCGUGGCCGGCACGGACGGUAGAUCCGGAUGGUCGCCUGUGGACCAGCAGCGUGGGCUGCCCUCGCUGGACCAAAUCAGCCCGCUCAAGUCUCUGGCCGGCAGGAAGAGGGCGCGCUCCAACAGCCUUGACAUGGAGAACCGGGAGAACUACCCCGCCACAGCUAUCCAGAAACUGGUGCACCAUCGAACGCCGGCCUCUGUGAUGGACAAGGGCGGCCACGGACACCACAGCUGGGAAUGA